AUGACGCGCUUCGGUGCCAGCAAGCGGCUACAUGUAGCCUGUUUUCUGGUUGUUCGACCACGCAGACCAAAACGUUACUCUCUCCCUGAAAUGAACCUCUCCUCCCCAACAUUACUGGACCUCGACCCACAGACUUACAGGCGUCGAAUAGACUUGCCUUCCGGCCUGCUGAGCUAUAAAACACCGCUGGAGAGAAUAGGGUUCGAGGCAGGCCAUACAUGUGUGCCCAUGUAA